UCCAGGGGGUGCGGCCGCCAUUGUCCACGGCCGACGUAAGGCCUUAUCUUGGAUUGCAAGGGUGCAGAUAUUGUUGUUGCUGAGAGACUGGCGGGUUUUGGGAACGAUCACGGAGAAGCGGCGCCUGCGGGCGGGCUACUUCAGUACUGGGGACAAACCGGACGCCAGGGCAGCAACCCCGAGCCAGCGACGCUGCAGCGCAGGAUCGGGGCCGGUGGCUGCGAGCCAGGUUGGUAAUUGCAGUGCUGGGCAGGACCCUGGUUGAUUAAUUCUCAGGGAUGGCAGCCAUCAACCUGUGGCCCUCCUGGGUCCCUGGGUUUUUGUCACAGUCCUAACCUGAGGCUGCUCUGCAGGUGCCCUCAUGGACCAGUCUUGGGGGAUGGCAACUGCUGACUCUUCUGCUUCCUGGGCUCUGUGCCCUCAGGAUUCAGCAUGGCACAUAGAGGGAAACCCCGAGGAGGAAGAAAGGGCAGCUGGGCUCCCAGUAGCCCAAAUCCAGGAACCAGUGACUUUCAAGGAUGUGGCUGUGGCCUUCACCCAAGAAGAAUGGGGGAAGCUAGACCUUGUUCAGAGGACCCUAUACCGUGACGUGAUGCUGGAGACCUAUGGACACCUACUUUCUGUGGGGAAUCAGAUUGCUAAGCCUGAAGUCAUCUCCCUGUUGGAACAAGGAGAAGAUCCUUGGUCAGUGGAGCAAGUAUAUCCUCAAAGUACUUGUCCAGAGUGGAUGAGAAAUAUUGAAAGCAAAACAUUGGUUCCAGCACAGAAUAUUUUCGCAGAAGAACAAUCCAAUGGCAUGGCAUUAGAAAGAUAUAUAUGGAAUGAUCCUUGGCUCUCCAGGCUAGGAGUUUUGGGAUGUAAAGACCAAUUAGAAAUGUAUCACAUGAAUCAGAGUACAGGUAUGAGACAAGUGGUCUUCAUGCGAAAACAAGUACUUUCUCAACGAAGUUCUGAAGUCUGUGAACUUGGCACAGAGUACAACCAAAGCUUAAACUUGGUUCCAUCUCAGAGAGUUUCUCAAUUAGAGCAUUUCUAUAAACCUGAUGCACAUCUUGAAGGUUGGAGAUGUAAUUCAGCUAUAAUGUAUGCAGAUAAGUUUACCUGUGAAAAUAAUGAUUAUGGCAAAGCUUUCUGUCAGUCUCUUCAGCCUGUUUACUCUGCAGGAAUGCACACUGGUGAUAAUCUGUUCAAAUAUACUGACGCUGUGAAAUCUUUAAAUCAGAUUAUACAUUUUGGUGAUCAUAAAGGAAUACAUACAGGAGAAAAACUCUAUGAAUAUAAGGAAUGCCACCAAAUCUUUAACCAGAGCCCAUCACUUAAUGAACAUUCAAGGCGUCAAAUUGGAGGAAACCAGUAUGACUAUAAAGAAUAUGAGAAUAUCUUUUACUUCUCAUCUUUCAUGGAACAUCAGAAAAUUGGUAGUGUAGAAAAAGCAUAUAAAUACAAUGACUGGGAGAAAGUGUUUGGGUAUGACUCACUACUUGCUCAACAUACAAGCACUUACACGGCAGAGAAGCCCUAUGAAUAUAACAAAUGUGGCGCAUCUUUUAUUUGGAGCUCUUACCUUAUUCAGCAUAAGAAAACUCAUACUGGAGAGAAACCCUAUGAAUGUGAUAAAUGCGGAAAAGUUUUUAGGAACCGUUCAGCUCUUACUAAACAUGAACGGACUCACACUGGAAUAAAGCCCUAUGAAUGUAACAAAUGUGGGAAAGCCUUCAGUUGGAAUUCUCAUCUUAUUGUCCACACAAGAAUUCAUACAGGAGAAAAACCUUAUGUAUGUAAUGAAUGUGGGAAAUCUUUCAACUGGAACUCUCAUCUUAUUGGACAUCAGAGAACUCAUACUGGAGAGAAACCUUUUGAGUGUACUGAAUGUGGGAAGUCUUUUAGCUGGAGUUCCCAUCUUAUUGCCCAUAUGCGAAUGCAUACUGGAGAGAAACCCUUUAAGUGUGAUGAAUGUGAAAAGGCUUUUAGGGAUUAUUCAGCCCUUAGUAAACAUGAACGAACUCACUCUGGAGCGAAACCAUAUAAAUGUACUGAGUGUGGAAAGUCCUUCAGUUGGAGUUCCCAUCUUAUUGCUCACCAGAGAACUCAUACAGGAGAGAAACCCUAUAACUGUCAAGAAUGUGGCAAAGCUUUCAGAGAACGCUCAGCCCUUACUAAACAUGAAAUUAUUCAUUCUGGAAUUAAACCCUAUGAAUGUAAUAAAUGUGGAAAAUCCUGUAGCCAGAUGGCUCAUCUUGUGAGGCAUCAAAGGACUCAUACUGGAGAAAAACCCUAUGAAUGCAAUAAAUGUGGAAAGUCCUUCAGUCAGAGCUGUCACCUUGUUGCCCAUCGGAGAAUUCAUACUGGUGAGAAACCCUAUAAAUGUAAUCAAUGUGAAAGAUCCUUUAAUUGUAGCUCUCACCUUAUUGCACACCGGAGAACUCAUACUGGAGAGAAACCAUACAGGUGUAAUGAAUGUGGGAAGGCAUUUAAUGAGAGUUCUUCCCUUAUUGUACACUUGAGAAACCAUACUGGAGAGAAACCUUACAAAUGUAAUCACUGUGAAAAAGCUUUUUGUAAGAAUUCUUCCCUAAUUAUCCAUCAGAGAAUGCAUAGUGGAGAGAAACGCUUUAUAUGCAAUCAGUGUGGAAGAGCCUUUAGUGGUCAUUCAGCCUUACUUCAACAUCAGAGAAAUCAUAGUGAAGAGAAACUGUAACUGAAUUGGUCAGAGACUUUUCUUUUAUUGUGUUUGACCACAUACAAUGAAAACAUACAAAAGUGGGAGAAAAAAGCCUACAAGUAUUACCGAGAGGGAAGUUUUUCAUCAAAAAUUCAGUAAGACUGUCUUUAUUAUACAACAGGAAAUCUCUUUUUAGAAGAAACCUUAUGAGUGGCAUUAGUGAAAAGACUGGGGAAAACCUUUUGGCAGUUAUGUAGCCCCUAUUCAGUGUCAGGGAAUUAUAGAGACAGCUCCGAAGCUUCUUGUAUGAUCCACAAGGAGUCCAUAUUUGAGGAACAUGAUUGGGGAAUGAGUCAUUCCAUCAAGAGCUCUUAUUGGUAGAUCAGUGUACAUUUUUAUGGGGGAAAGUCUUGUGCCAUGAAGAGUGUUUUGGCUGGAGAGACACUGCCUGGCUAUUAGAUGACAAGCUUUAUGUUAACAUUUUGUGCAUAAUUAAAGAAACAGGUUUUGCUGUUACCAGGGGAGGGGCUAGGUGCUGUUUAAGGGAUAGAAUGUGGAAUACUAAAUCUGAAUUUAAGAAAAAAAAACUAGUGCAGUAUUGAGUGGGGUAUUUACUGUUGAUCAAG